AUGCAUCCUGAAGAAGACGUCACUGCAGAAACAAAGCGACUUUUGAUACGCUCACCUGAAAUAGAAUGUUUCCAUUCUCAACCUAACUCAUUCCCAUUCAAACGACUCAAACAACAAGAAGAAUGUACUGUUGACUAUCUUUCUACUCAUGCUUCUAGUCCUUUGGCUCAAGUUGAUCUUGAUUCGAUAUUCAACUUGACCAAUUUUCAACUAUUACCACCAGAAAAACAAGACGAAUUGGCAAAAUUAUUACCAACACCUGAUACUAUUACAACUAUUGAUCAUAUGGCAUAUCUUCCUUCUUGUCCUUCUUCUGCUUCUACUUCUUCUACUUCUUUACCUUUGGACGAAUCAUUAACCACAACAACAACUCAUCUUCAUCCUUCUUUUUUCUCUCGAAAUAAAAAUCCUGUUUUUUGGAAUGCACUGGAUGAUUGGCAAUCUAUGCUUGUUGCAGGUGAUCUGAUGAAUCAAAAAGAAACUGAUGGAUCUCAACAAAUACAGUCCUCCGUAGGAAAUACUCCAUUCAAAGAUGAAGCAUUUGAAAUGUACUGGGGCGAAUUAUCUGAUCGAGAAAAACUACAUAAUGUUGCUGGUGAUUCAAAAAGCAUUACAUUGAAAGAUAUGUGUCGCAAAGGAUUGAUUCGAGAAAAUGAUGUCAUUGUAUACAAACGAAACUUCAGUGCAUGUAAAGUGAUUGUCUCAAAAUCAAUGGAGGUAGUCAAGGCUGAUGGUACAUUGGGUUUAUCUAUUACAUUAGAUGAUCAAAUUUAUGAAGAUUUUGAAACACCAACUGCUUUAGAAACCAAGAUUUUGGAUCAUCAUGGCAAGGUAUCAAGAGAUAAACGUCCGAAUGGAAAUGCUUUCAAAAGUAUUCGGUUAAUCAGAGAUGGUAAAGAUAUGGGAAGGUUGUUUGAUAUUCGAAAAGAUGCUUUUGGAACAUGA